GGCUCAGCAGCUCUCCAUCCGAGGACUGUGUCUGUGUCUCGCUGUUACAGUCCAUGCAGCUGCCAUCACGGCAGAUCCUCACCAUGUCCUACUUAAAUCCACCCCCACGUCCUCGCUGAUAGCUCCGCACUGCCUGCCGUGCACCUUCCAGUCCCGGGGAGGCACAGCUACACAGACGCACGCGUACAGGACUCGGGCAUUGGACUAAUUCAAACCCAAUAUAUAUACGUAUACACAUAGCAAGGUGGACGUAAAAGGGGCGCAGAUCGCUGCUUUAUACCGGAGGGGAGUGAAUAUGGCGAGCGAUUCCCCGGCACGAAGCCUGGAUGAGAUCGAUCUCUCCGCUCUGAGGGACCCAGCUGGUAUUUUUGAACUGGUCGAACUUGUUGGAAAUGGAACCUAUGGGCAGGUUUACAAGGGUCGACAUGUUAAAACGGGACAGCUUGCUGCCAUCAAGGUUAUGGAUGUCACCGGGGAUGAAGAGGAAGAGAUCAAACAAGAGAUUAAUAUGCUUAAGAAAUACUCACAUCACAGAAAUAUAGCUACGUAUUAUGGGGCAUUUAUAAAAAAGAACCCACCGGGAAUGGAUGAUCAGCUGUGGCUUGUGAUGGAGUUCUGUGGUGCUGGGUCUGUCACAGAUUUGAUCAAGAACACCAAAGGCAACACAUUGAAAGAGGAGUGGAUUGCCUACAUCUGCAGAGAGAUCUUACGGGGCCUGAGUCAUCUGCACCAGCACAAAGUGAUUCAUCGAGACAUUAAGGGGCAGAAUGUCUUGCUGACAGAGAAUGCUGAAGUUAAACUCGUGGAUUUUGGGGUGAGUGCCCAACUGGACAGGACGGUAGGCAGAAGGAACACCUUCAUUGGGACCCCUUACUGGAUGGCACCUGAAGUCAUCGCGUGUGAUGAAAAUCCCGACGCGACGUAUGACUUUAAGAGUGAUUUGUGGUCGUUAGGAAUAACAGCAAUAGAGAUGGCCGAAGGAGCUCCACCACUCUGUGAUAUGCACCCGAUGAGAGCCCUGUUCCUGAUCCCUCGGAAUCCAGCUCCUAGAUUGAAGUCUAAGAAAUGGUCUAAAAAGUUUCAGUCGUUCAUUGAAAGCUGUCUUGUGAAGAAUCAUGGCCAAAGACCUUCAACAGAGCAGCUAAUGAAGCAUCCCUUUAUCAGAGACCAGCCUAAUGAAAGGCAGGUCCGCAUCCAGCUUAAAGAUCACAUUGACAGAACAAAGAAAAAAAGGGGAGAGAAAGAUGAGACCGAAUAUGAAUACAGUGGCAGUGAAGAGGAGGAAGAAGAUAAUGAUUCAGGGGAGCCAAGCUCAAUUUUAAACCUACCUGGUGAGUCUACACUCAGGCGAGACUUUCUGAGGCUGCAGUUGGCCAAUAAGGAACGUUCUGAAGCACUCCGGCGCCAACAGCUGGAACAACAGCAACGGGAGAAUGAGGAACACAAGAGGCAACUGCUGGCUGAAAGGCAAAAACGUAUUGAAGAGCAGAAAGAACAAAGACGUCGUUUAGAAGAGCAGCAAAGACGCGAAAAAGAAAUGCGAAAGCAACAGGAAAGGGACCAGCGGAGGCGUUACGAGGAACAGAUGCGUCGAGAGGAAGAACGGAGGCGGGCAGAGCAUGAGAAGGAAUACAUCAGACGCCAGUUAGAGGAAGAACAGAGACAGUUAGAGAUUUUGCAGCAGCAGUUACUGCAGGAACAAGCUCUACUGCUGGAAUAUAAGCGCAAACAAUUAGAAGAACAAAGACAGGCAGAACGACUACAGAGGCAAUUGCAGCAAGAGCGCGAUUACUUGGUUUCUCUUCAGCAGCAGCAGCAACAGCAGCGGCAAGAGCAGAGGGCAUCGGACAAGAAGCCACUCUAUCAUUACAAGGAAGGACUAAACCCCGCGGAGAAGCCAGCUUGGGCAAAAGAGGUUCAACAGCGAUCUCUUAGUAAUUCGCCUGUUCUUCCUGCUAAGCAGCAACAUACUUCUGUUAUCGAACAGCAGGUGUCCUUGGUAACCAAAGAUGCAUCUUCUAGUUGGCAGCCCUCAAGUAGGCCAAAUUCUCAGAACCUGCAAGCCUCAGGUCGUGUGAAAGUGGACAACUUAGCUCCAUCCAUGAUAUUGCCUUCAAUUCAGAUUUCCAAGUCAGGGCCCUGGGCACAAGCAACACAGAGCGAAGUGCAAUCUCUAGAUGAUGAAGUGAGAUACUUACUCCAAGUGAACUCACCAGAAAAUGAACCAGGGCGAAAAUCAUUAACAUCCCUUAAAGGGUCCCGCUCACAAGGAUGUAGUCCAGCCAGGGACACUGGAUAUUCCAAGGUAGAAGAACGUACCCGACUCAAUCGGCAGAGUUCACCUGCUAUGCCACAUAAAGCAGCUAACAGAAUAUCUGAUCCAAAUUUGCCCCCGAGGUCAGAGUCCUUUAGCAUUAGCGGAGUACAACCUGCACGGACACCGCCCAUGCACAGACAAAUUGAUCCACAGCAACUUCCACUUCUGGUAUCUGUGAAAACCCAGGGAUCAUCCAUGUCGGCCUCACAAUCACUACACGAACAGUCUAACAAGGGAAUGUCCGCGUUCCAGGAGAGCAUUGUCUCUCAUCGACCUGAGAUGCCAAGGCAAAACUCUGACCCAACGUCUGAAAACCCUCCUCUUCCUCCUCGUAUUGAAAAGUUUGAUCGCAGUUCAUGGUUACGCCAGGAGGAAGACCUUCCACCUAAGGUACCUCAGAGGACUACUUCUAUAUCACCUGCAUUAACACGAAAGAACUGUCCUGGAAAUGGCAACAAUUUAGGAAACAGAUUGGGUGCCCAGCCUAUAAGAGCCAGUAACCCUGAUCUGAGGAGGACUGAGACCAUCAUAGAGAACCCAAUCCAGAGAACCAGCAGUGGUAGCUCUUCCAGUUCAAGUACCCCAAGUUCCCAGCCCAGUUCCCAGGGAGGUUCACAGCCUGGUUCUCAGGCAGGCUCUAGUGAGAGAAACCGAGUGAGAGCAGGAAACAAUAAGCCUGAAGGAUCGCCACUGUUGCCACACGAUGCCCCUAACGCUAAGCCAGAAGAAAACCGAGAUGUGACGCGGCCAAGCCGACCCGCUAGCUAUAAGAAAGCUAUAGAUGAGGCCGUUAUCUCACAGGCAAUACCCGCGGAUGAUGGAAAGAUCAUGCCGCGGCGAGUGAAAACUAAAAACAAAACGGGGGAAAUGGACCUGACUGCAUUGGCCAAAGAGUUACGGGAGCUACGUAUCGAAGAGACAAACCGACCAAUGAAAAAGGUGACGGAUUAUUCCUCGUCCAGUGAGGAAUCUGAGACCAGCGAGGAAGAAGAUGGAGAGAGUGAGAACCAGGAUGGAACUGUUUCAGUUACUGACAUCCCAAGACUCAUCCCAACUGUGCCAGGAAACAAUGAGCCAUAUAAUGCUGGAUCUCAAAGCCUUGACUCUUCCCAGCCAGAAACAUUCAGCGUCUCAAGAGAAGGCACUUUAAUGAUUAGAGAGACGUCUGGGGAUAAAAAACGUUCAGGCCACGCAGAAAGCAAUGGUUUUGCCGGUCAUAUUAAUCUUCCCGACCUUGUCCAGCAAAGUCACUCCCCGGUGGGUACUCCAACUGAGGCUUUGGGGAGAGGUUCAACGCUUGCACAGGAAGCGCAGACUGGGAAUGAAUAUGGCGGUAACAACAAAGCAUCCUUCACCCAAUUUGUUGAUCCAAGAGUUUACCAGACAUCUCCCACCGACAAUGAUGAUGAGGAUGACGACGACGAUGAUGAUGAGGAAGAGACCUCAGCAACAGCCCUGUUUACUAGCGAACUGCUUAGACAAGAACAAGCCAAGCUGAAUGAGGCCAGAAAAAUAUCAGUGGUAAACGUGAACCCUACCAAUAUUCGUCCUCACAGCGAUACUCCAGAGAUCCGGAAAUACAAGAAACGCUUUAAUUCUGAGAUACUUUGUGCAGCAUUAUGGGGUGUAAACUUACUAGUGGGCACAGAGAAUGGACUAAUGUUGUUGGAUCGAAGCGGGCAAGGAAAGGUCUACAACCUUAUCAACAGGAGGCGGUUUCAACAGAUGGAUGUUUUAGAGGGACUGAAUGUUCUUGUAACCAUUUCUGGGAAAAAGAACAAGUUAAGAGUGUACUACCUUUCCUGGCUAAGAAAUCGGAUAUUACAUAAUGAUCCAGAAGUGGAGAAGAAGCAAGGCUGGAUUACCGUGGGGGAAUUAGAAGGCUGUGUGCAUUAUAAAGUUGUUAAAUAUGAAAGAAUCAAGUUCCUGGUUAUUGCGUUAAAGAAUGCCGUGGAGAUAUAUGCCUGGGCUCCAAAGCCGUAUCAUAAGUUUAUGGCUUUUAAGUCCUUUACAGACCUCCAGCAUAGACCAUUGCUCUGUGAUCUCACUGUAGAAGAAGGUCAAAGACUCAAAGUGAUAUUUGGCUCAAGCACUGGUUUCCAUGUCAUUGAUGUUGAUUCUGGAAAUACGUACGAUAUCUACAUACCGUCUCAUAUUCAAUGUAACAUCACGCCACAUGCCAUAGUAAUCCUGCCCAAAACAGAUGGCAUGGAGAUGCUUGUUUGCUAUGAAGACGAGGGUGUGUACGUCAACACCUAUGGACGAAUAACUAAAGAUGUGGUACUUCAGUGGGGUGAAAUGCCCACCUCAGUAGCAUAUAUACAUUCCAAUCAGAUAAUGGGAUGGGGAGAAAAAGCUAUUGAAAUACGCUCUGUGGAAACUGGACAUCUUGAUGGGGUAUUCAUGCACAAGAGAGCCCAGAGAUUAAAAUUUCUAUGUGAAAGAAACGAUAAGGUCUUUUUCGCUUCUGUGCGGUCAGGAGGCAGUAGUCAAGUCUUUUUUAUGACCCUGAACAGAAACUCAAUGAUGAACUGGUAGCAGAGCUCCCACACUGGAUGGAUAGCAAAUAGGGUUAUUUCCGCGGUGGCUUUCGUAGACCCGCACAGCCUUGGGUACCAGCGCCGGUUGUGGUAAAUGUGUGAGUGCAUCCUGCGGUAAAGAAGACUUGGUAAUCAUCUCCAAGAACGCAGUGACUUUGCCCUGGAGCAGGACGCCAGACUUUUCACUUCAAACUUGGGAUAUUGUCAACCUGAAGCCUUCAGACUGAGCUGGUGUUCUGGUGGCUUGUUCAUUUUACACUUUGUGUCUUUUUUUUGUAAGGAUUGUUAAGAAGAAAAAAAAAUGAAAAUUGAGCCAGUCUGUUGACUGCCUGCCUGCUCUAGCGUUAUAUAUAAAUAUACAUAUGUUGUAAAAUUUCCAAGUAAAAAUAAGACAGCACAAUAAUGUACCUUCUCUGUUUUGCUGAAGACUAAGGCUGUAUAGCUGGGUAAUUUUAAAAUCUUCUUGCCUUCGCAGUCUGAAUGUUGCUUUUUCACGGCAACAACCUAGAGAAUUUUUAAUGAAAAAUUCAUGUUUCCUCCUCUUUUGGGAAACGUAAUUUAAGUGGCUAAGCUAUUAGCCGUAGUCUAAAAAAAAAUUGCAUGCCAUUUAUCAGCCUGCAGGUCCAUAUCGUAAUACAUAGAGGAGAUAUGUAUUGCUUUGGGUGGACAGCGGUGCCAUCUGUGAUGUGAAUGAAAAUUCUCAAGAGUUCUUUUCUCCCUUUUGUAUUUUAUGCAACAGGUUGGGGCGUAACCGAGACGGGAUAUAAAGGAAAUGGAUUUGAGGGGAUAAGAACCUCCAGAUCUUACACUUUGUUUCUCAUUAUUCAGCUAUUCAGGGAUAUAGCUGAUACGGCAAUAAUAGGACUUCUGCCAAUAUUGUGACGGUGACACUUUGUGUAGAAAUAAUAAAAGGGUUCAGGGGCUUCUGCGAGGCCAAUCAGUGGGAAACCAGAACGUCUGUUCAACCAAAGGACGGUUAGAAGGGGAACCGCCACCCUGAAUUUACCAAUGUUAAGCUUUGUUGUUGUAAAGAUGGAUUGAUCUUUUUACCCCUGUGCCCAAGAAUUACCCAACAUACAGUAAAUUACAUUUGUGCAAGAAAAAAAAAACAUUAAAAAAAAAAACAUAAAAACAAACAAAAAAGUGUGUGCGUAGUUCAGGUGAUAAGUCCUUCGACACAGAUGCUCUAAUAAUUUAACGAUAAAGUUAGUGUAUCAGAGGUUUAUUUUGUUAGCUGCAAGCAUGGCUGGCUGUUGUAAUAGAGUGAUACAUCCAGAAAACUGUGUUGCGCUUCUGUUAUCAGUCUUAUGAUUAUGAUUAUUACUAUGAUUAUUUUUUUAAAACCUACCUCGUUUUGUCUCAUGUUUUUUUUCCCCCUGUGUCCUUUCUUCUUCUUGAGCUGCAACAAGCGGCACAGUUAACUUGCUUGGACGCCUACAGAGCUGUUUUGGAACUGGCCGUUCGUGUAAGAUCCGUCCCUUUCCUGCAAUGCUACAGAGAGGAUGUAGAUUGAAAUUUUCAUUGCCAGAGAAUCGGACGCCACUGACGACUCCACAAAAUUCUGCAUUGUUUACAUUUCAUUUCAACAAUUUAACAAGACAUGCCAAUAUUUCAGCAAUGAUCUUAAUAAUGUCAGAGUAACCAUCGUUAUGAGGGAUAGAUAGGAGACGCUCUGUCAUUUACAGUUUGGUUGGCAUUGGUACUCUUUUGUUGCUGUGAUUGUAUUCCUGGGUGCUUUGUAACAUUCUGAUGGACCUUUUAAAAAGUAAAACAUUCUCAAUACACAGUAUGUAAACA